GGACUUUUCCUCUGUAUAUAUGUCCAGCACUCAGCUCUAAGCAGUGGGAGAAAAUAUCCGACCAGUGCGUAAAUGCGCCUUGAGACUGUGCAUUAAUAUCAAUUUUGCCAUGUAUUUGGAUCAAAGUCAGUGAGACACCGCCGUCACUGAAAGUCAUGCCCUCGCUCUGUUUGCUUGCCAGUUCGCUGAGGCUUGGGCAAUGUUGCCUAGUUUUCUCGUUGCGUGGAAACUAAAAGGCUGCUCUGAGUGAGAGCCCUGGAGUGAAGGGGCAUUUCCACUGGCGCGUUGUAGUUUCCAGAGCGGCUUUCGCCGCAAGUUUGACGAGCUGCAGGAGGACUUACUGGAGGCGAACCAAAAUAUCGAACAAGCCGCUUGUUGGAAAGCGCACUGAUCUGGUGGAAGAUAUUAUUUUUGGACACUUGCCUAGAAACGCGCCAUGGAAAGAAGAGGGAAAGCGGCAAAGACGUUCAACAGUUACUGGGGAGGUUGAUGUGGACUUCAGCCCUCAGCUGAGGUGGUCCUCCCUGGAGCAUGCCCACCGUAUCCCACAAUGUCCCUUCUUGCAGACUGGCUGCUACGCCACUCAGUGGUCAUGUGUUUGCUGCUGCAUAGUUUGGUGCUGAUGACCUUCUGCUUUCAUCAUGCUGCCACGAGUUGCUCCAAGAACUGCUACUGCACCGAAAGCGAGAGUGGCGGAAAGACGGUGCGCUGCAGCAACCUGCAGCUCACAGAGAUCCCGCAGGACAUCCCCAAUGACACACGGCGUGUCUACCUGGAUUUUAACCUCCUCACCACAGUUCCAACAAAUGCUUUUGCCGGUUUAACCCAACUGGUUGAAUUAGACCUUUCACACAAUGAACUAAGUGAGUUAGAACCAGGUGCGUUCAGAGGCCUCGGCUCCUCGCUACAGUUCCUGGACCUUUCUUCUAACAAGUUAGGAAACUUGACCCCUGAUGCCUUUGAGGGGCUGCGAGCUCGCGCCAACCUAACAAACAAUCCGUGGCACUGUAAUUGCAAUUUACAGAUGGCCAUGCCUCGUGUGGACCUGGAGCCUGCAUCACUGACAGGCGUUGUGUGCCACACUUCAGAACCUGAGAAAAUAGGAGUUGAAGGACUUGCCUUCCUGUUGGCACCAGACAUAGACCUCUGUGUGGAGAUGAAGAGGACUACAGAUGUGGCCAUGCUGGUUGUUAUGUUUGGCUGGUUCACCAUGGUCAUCUCCUACCUUGUCUACUAUGUCAGGGCUAAUCAGGAGGACGCACGUCGACAUCUGGAGUAUCUCAAGUCACUGCCCAGCAGACAGGGCAAGUCAGAAGAAUCUUCCACCAUUAGUACUGUGGUCUAGGACUGAUAAUGGAGCUUUGCGUGGGAACGGAAAUGGUAUCCCACAACAAAUAGGACUGAGGUACUGCCCAGCUGAUGUCACGGAGCCAAGUUGGGCAAUAAAACAUGUGCCUGCACAAGAAAACCAGGCAACCUAGCCCAGAUGAAUAAUUCAUGUUUCAGCAGCCCAUUAGGAGUUUUCGUUGGCUGAGUUGAUGGUUUAGUCUGCGCGCUAAAGAAGUAAAAGCUGUGGCAUCUUUUUUCUUGAACUCCAAACAUGGGAUACAAAUAGAAUUUAUCCAGUGGUGCAUGCACAUUGAUGUACCUCUCUCACAAACAGACAAGUGAGGAGGAAGCAUCAAACAGCAAUGUAAACUGUAGGACAAGGCAACACUACAGUAUGGAACU